GGCAGAGUCCAGUUGCCUCCCUCCCACAUCGCUGGAGACCGAGCCGGAGGUCUCGGAAACUCGGGAAUCGGAGGCGGCCCGUGGCAGGAUUGCAUAAGGCCCCCGCUCCCCCGACCCGGGCACACACGACUGCGGCCCCCCGCCCACCCCCACCCCACUCUCUCAGCUCCCUCCUGGACCCAGUGGGAAUUAAAUGGCUGAGAAACAAAUCAGUUUGCCAGCCAAGCUGAUCAAUGGAGGGAUAGCCGGCCUGAUUGGGGUCACCUGCGUGUUCCCCAUCGACCUCGCCAAGACACGCCUGCAGAACCAGCAGAAUGGGCAACGCAUGUACACGAGCAUGUCCGACUGUCUCAUCAAGACCAUCCGCUCCGAGGGCUACUUUGGCAUGUACCGAGGGGCCGCGGUGAACCUGACUCUCGUCACGCCGGAGAAAGCCAUCAAGCUCGCCGCCAACGACUUCUUCCGACACCACCUGGCCAAGGAUGGGAAGAAGCUGACGCUGCUGAAGGAGAUGUUGGCCGGUUGUGGCGCGGGCACGUGCCAGGUCAUUGUCACAACCCCCAUGGAGAUGCUGAAGAUCCAGCUGCAGGACGCCGGACGCAUCGCGGCCCAGAAGAAACUUCUGGCGGCCCAGGCUCCGGCGGAGACGGCGGCGGUGGAGACGAGGCCCACGGCCACGCAGCUGACGCGGGAGCUGCUCCGGAGUCGGGGCGUCGCGGGGCUCUACAAGGGCCUGGGGGCCACGCUGCUGAGGGACGUGCCCUUCUCCAUCGUUUAUUUCCCCCUGUUUGCCAACUUGAACCAACUGGGCCAGUCCGGCCCCGAGGGCAAAUCCCCCUUCUACGUGUCCUUCCUGUCGGGCUGCGUGGCCGGGAGCGCAGCCGCCGUGGCCGUGAACCCCUGCGAUGUGGUGAAGACCCGCUUACAAUCCCUGCAGAGAGGUGUGAACGAAGACACGUACUCCGGCAUCUUGGACUGCGCCAGGAAGAUCCUUCGGAACGAGGGUCCCUCGGCCUUCCUGAAGGGCGCUUACUGCCGGGCCCUGGUCAUCGCCCCGCUCUUCGGCAUCGCUCAAGUGGUCUACUUCAUCGGCAUCGCCGAGUACUUUCUGGACGCCCUCCGGUCCCGCCGGGAUUAGCCCCUCCCUUCCCCCCGUCCCCCCGUCCCUCCUCAAACUGCUCCCACCCCGUCCCAGGGCCCGGGCCGAGCCCAGGGCGGGGAA